CUCAAACCCAGUUUACGGCUAUCAUCCUGUCCUUCUUCCGCCGGCGAAACCGGGAUUUGUGGAGCAAGUUGGAGGGCAGACGUACUUUUUAAUCACCUUCCAUCCUUCACGGGCCAUGGCCAAGUUCUUAGCCCCCGUGAUCCAGGACAACCCCUCGGGAUGGGGUCCCUGUGCAGUUCCAGAGAAGUUCAAAGAUAUGCCCUACCAGCCCUUCAGCAAAGGAGACCGCCUGGGCAAGGUUGCUGACUGGACUGGUGCUACCUACCAGGACAAGAGAUACACGAAUAAGUACUCGUCCCAGUUCGGAGGGGGCAGCCAGUAUGCCUACUUCCACGAGGAGGACGAGGCCAGCUUCCAGCUGGUGGACACGGCCAAGACCCAGAAGACAGCCUACCAGAGGAACCGCCUCAGGUUUGCACAGAGGAAUCUGCGCAGGGACAAGGACCGCAGGAACAUUGCUCAGUUCAACAUGCAGACUCUUCCCAAGAGUGCCAAGCAAAAGGAGAGAGACCGCAUGCGUCUCCAGAAGAAGUUCCAGAAGCAGUUUGGCAAUCGCCAGAAGUGGGACCAGAAGUCACAGGCGCAGCUGAAGCCAAGGGACAGCUCGGUGGAGGUCCGCAGCGACUGGGAGGUGAAGGAGGAGAUGGACUUCCCCCGCCUCAUGAAGAUGAGAUACAUGGAGGUGGCUGACCCUACUGACAUUGAGUGCUGUGGUGCUCUGGAGUACUACGACAAGGCCUUCGACCGCAUCACCACCCGCAAUGAGAAGCAGCUCAAGAGCAUCAAGAGGAUCUUCCACACUGUCACCACCACAGACGACCCAGUCAUCCGCAAGUUGGCCAAGACCCAGGGCAAUGUGUUUGCCACCGAUGCCAUCCUGGCCACCCUGAUGUGCUGCACGCGCUCCGUGAACUCCUGGGACAUCAUUGUGCAGCGGGUGGGCAACAAGCUCUUCUUCGACAAGAGGGACAACUCCGACUUUGACCUGCUGACUGUGAGCGAGACGGCCAACGAGCCUCCCCAGGACGAGGGCAACUCCUUCAACUCGCCGCGCAACCUGGCCAUGGAGGCCACCUACAUCAACCACAACUUCAGCCAGCAGUGCCUCAAGAUGGGCGGCGAGAAGCACAAGUUCCCCAACUCCAACCCCUUCGUGGAGGAGGACAUGGACAAGAACGAGGUGGCCUCUGUAGCCUACAGGUACCGGCGGUGGAAGCUGGGGGAGGACAUCGACCUGAUCGUGAGGUGUGAGCACGACGGAGUCAUGACAGGGGCCAGCGGAGAGGUGUCCUUCAUCAACGUCAAGACCCUCAACGAGUGGGACUCCAGGUAUUGUAAUGGAGUGGACUGGCGUCAGAAGCUGGAUUCCCAGAGGGGUGCCGUGCUGGCCACUGAGCUGAAGAACAACAGCUACAAGCUGGCCCGCUGGACCUGCUGCGCCAUGCUGGCCGGCUCCGAGUACCUCAAGCUGGGCUACGUGUCUCGUUACCACGUGAAGGACUCGGCGCGCCACGUGAUCCUGGGCACGCAGCAGUUCAAGCCCAACGAGUUUGCCAGCCAGAUCAACCUGAGCAUGGAGAACGCCUGGGGCAUCCUGCGCUGCGUCAUCGACAUCUGCCGCAAGCUGGACGAGGGCAAGUACCUCAUCCUCAAGGACCCCAACAAGCAAGUGAUCCGCAUCUACAGCCUGCCAGACGGCACCUUCAGCUCGGACGAGGACGAGGAUGAGGAGGAGGACGAAGAGGACGAGGAAGACGAAGACGAGGAGGCCUGAAGAGCGAGGGAAGAAAAGCAGCGAUCGCGAGACCAAACGGACUUGGCAACGGCUAUGUACAUGUACAUGUUCGUGGCUAUGGCCGCACCCACAUCUCACCUGAGUGGCAGGAGCAGAGGGUUGGGGGUUGGGGGAGGAGGCAAAUCAAGUGUCCAGUCCCAUUAAAGAUGGAGUCAUGUUGCUAAGCCCAAAGUUUUGACUUGUCUUUAUUUUUUUAUUAUUAUUGUUAUUAAUUCCCAAAGGUGUCAAUCCCGGGUUAGGAAAGUGAAAACUCUGCUAUGUUUUCCUUACAACGCAAAUGAUUUGCCUUAAUGGGUGAGCUACCUGUAAGUCAUAUUGCUGUGUCAAACGUUUUUGACCUUUUUUUAUUAUUAAUAUUAUUUAGCAUGGGUGGAUUUGUCAUUGUGUUCAGAAGGUACAAAAACCUUGCCAUGUCCUUUGGACCGACUUAAAUCCUUUUACUCAGUAGCUUAUAUACCUGUCUUGAAUACUCAUUACCGUACUGUUCUCUAACUCGGCUGAGGAGGCUUUAGUCAAAUUGGUAGUUUCUGUGGCUUUCUGAACCCAGGAUUGACACCUGAUUUUUUUUUGUUGGCCUUAUCUCUGUACUUUUUCAGUGAGGACACCGUGCUGCAUAGUCCUCUGCAUAAAUUAAUUGUAUUGAUCCCUUAAGCGAUUUAAAAAAAAAGCGAUUUCCAUGAAUACCCUGCUGACUCACGCCAUUUCCAUAAUAGAAGCAGAAGAAGCGGGGACAGUGUUUUUAAAGUUUAUUACACUUGCAGGACUUGCUCACUCUGACAUUAUAUAUUAAACAAAACAAUAAAGUGACAUUCUAAUGAUG